UGAAGGCGUUGGGCUUUUACGACAGAAGCUGGACACAGAGGAGGAGGAAGGAGGAGAAGCUGGAGCAGGGACUCUGGCUGUGUCCCUUGAGGGGUUGCAGAGGUAGCCCUGAGAUCAGAAGUGCCUGCCUUAAGUGUGUGGCUGAGAAAAGAUUUGAAAUGGGUGCUUGCUGGCUUGCAGCUUACUUUCAUGAUGGCUUCACUCCUGUUGAAUGCUUUCUGUAAAACUUCAGCUUGAAAGGAGAGGUAUUUGAGUUGAAGAGGAGAGAAGAGAUUCUGUUGCAUUCAGUGGAAUGAGACGGGCCAAUUUGAACUGCGAGAUGAGGCCCCAGCAGCCGCCUGUUGCCAGCAAGGUGUUUGUUCAGCGGGAUUACAGCAGCGGCACCAAGUGCCAGUUCCAGACCAAAUUCCCUCCAGAGCUCGAGAAUCGGCUUGACAGGCAGCAGUUUGAAGAAACGGUACGAACGCUAAACAAUCUUUAUGCAGAAGCAGAGAAGCUUGGGAGCCAGUCGUACCUCGAGGGGUGUUUGGCCUGCUUGACUGCGUACACUAUAUUUCUGUGCAUGGAGACACACUAUGAGAAGGUCCUGAAGAAAAUUGCCAAGUAUAUUCAGGAACAGAACGAAAAGAUCUAUGCCCCUCAGGGCCUCCUCCUGACUGACCCCAUUGAGAGAGGGCUGAGAGUUAUUGAAAUUACAAUUUAUGAAGACAGAAGCAUGAGCAGUGGAAGAUAAAUCCCCGGCGUUUGAGGGUCCAGCCUGUUUGUUCCAGAAAGUCCCCCUACCUCUUCCAUUAUCGCAUCAUUCCUUUUUUGCUGCUGCCAACUCCACAGUGCCAUCUGUCGCAAGGACUAACUUGUCAAAACCCUGUUCCUUCACGGGGCGGAAACCCCGUGAGCUGGCCAGCGUCCAUUUUGUGUCGUUAGGGUAAGCCUUAAGCAGUGAUGGUGUGUCGUCUAGGUGGCUAGCGUCUCAGAAGAAGUUGAACAGUCAUGGACCAUGAGCUUGAGACCAACCGGGAGUCGCCCGAGGGCAACAUGGCUCCCUCCCCAGACAUUGGGCAUCACUGUUUUUUCGGAAAGAAAGCAGCAGCAUAGCCUGGGCAGAUGGAUUUGUGAAGUGGGAUGUGGUUUUUCACUGUUGGUCAAGAAGGGACUUGAAACAUAUGCCCUCUUGAAUUGGAAUGUGUCCCGAUAACAACGGUUUCAGCAAAUGCAAAAGGGCUUCUGUGUUCAAUGCUAAGCUGGGAGCUGGCAUAAUCUUGAAUAAAAUGGAGACUCUUGCUUUGGCCGCAUCUUUGGAUGUAUGAUAAAACUUCAUCUUUCGAUGUAUGAUAAAAGUGUGGCAGGCAAAAUGUAUGCUGUACCAGUAAAUGUUAACCACCUUUGCUCUACAACCCUUUUAAGUGUUAGAUAUGUGAAUUAGGUGAUCAAUGGCUUUCCCGGUUUGUAAAGAAUAUAUAUAUAUACCUUUUAGGGCAAGCAGGCAACUUGAGUAGAAAUGAUGUUCCGACGGUGCUUCGUCUCUGUCCUCUCACAAAGUGCAUCUCUCCCCUCUGCAAAACUGUCCACUUCUUCCGUUCAGCAUUCCUCUCUCUGGCAGCGCUUGCAAAAACAUAUGGACCAUCUCCUCUUCUGAGUCAGUCCCUUCUCCUGAAUCCAAUGCUUCCUGUCAAACUCCCUCUCCCUCCAUAAAAAUGGGCCUUUCGGGAUAUAAACCCGAGUAGAUGUUGGCAGCGUUACUCUGCUGCUUGGCAGUCGCCAUCUCUUCCCAGCUCCAGAAAUUAAGGGAUUUGCCAAAUGAGGCCAUUUAAUGGAUGGAAUAUGUGACCUUUUUUAAGACUAGAGCAAUACAAGGGAUGCCAAUAGUGGAUCAGGGUUUUCAGGUGGGUUAUUCUCCCAUUCCUUCUCUUUGCUGAUUUCCGUAUCCUCUCCUCUCUAGAGUCUGGUUAAUACUUUAAGUGUAUAAAUGAAACCUGGGGAAAAGGGGGGAGUGUUUCCUUUUUUCUAAUUUGUAACAGUGUUUUGGCUCUCUUUAAAAUCAGUUUUUGGAAAUAUUAACGGAUCGGUAACCAUUUUUUUUCUUAAAUAAAUUGUUUCAUUUGCUAGCACUGA